GAAAAUAUCUCUCCCCUCCCAUCCGCCACACACACACACACACACACACACUCACACACACACACACACACACAGCAUCCUGUCAGACAGAGGUUACAGCUGCUCCGGUUUACUCUCGCAAAAAUGUGAUUAUUUCACUUGCGCACAGAGCAGAAGCAGUUUGGUGGUUUUUCGGCUCCAGGCUCCAGCAGCUCUCAGCAGGUUCUCCUCCACGUUGCUUCCUCUCCCUCGUCCCCGGAGAUGCUGCCCUGCCUGCGGAGACUCCUGCGGCCCGCCCUCUCCCUGAGAGCCGGCGCCGGGCUCACCAGAGCCGGGCUCGACAGCCGCUAUGCUCCCGCCGCGUUGUCCCCGCUCUCCGCGCUGCUGCAGCGGUGCAACCUGGGGACGCACCCGCUGAAGGAGCCCGUGGAGCCGCUCGACUCGCCCCAGGGAGCCAAGGAGUUCAUCUACAGCCUGCACCCGUCCGAGCGCACCUGUCUGCUGCGAGAGCUGCACAGGUUCGAGUCCAUAGCUAUAGCUCAAGGGCGGCUGGAAAUCGCGCCACCUACUUCAGCACAGUUAAGAUAUGUUCUGCUGCACAACGCAAUCCCUUUUGUUGGAUUUGGAUUCCUGGACAACUGCAUCAUGAUCGUUGCUGGCACUCAUAUUGAGUUAUCCAUCGGCGUUGUCCUCGGCAUCUCAACUAUGGCAGCUGCUGCCCUCGGCAACCUGGUGUCUGAUCUGGCAGGACUAGGAUUGGCAGGUUAUGUGGAGGCCUUAGCGUCUCGGCUGGGGAUGCAGAUUCCUGACCUGAACCCGAAGCAGGCGGACAUGUGGCAGACCAGAGUCAGCUCUCAUGCGGGUAAAGCCAUUGGUGUUGGCAUCGGCUGCAUCCUGGGCAUGUUUCCUCUUCUGUUCUUAAAGGACGACGACAAGAACAAAGAGGGCCAGACGGAGGGGAAGGAGAAUACACAGUCGCCACCUGCUCCGACUGAGAGCGACAAAAACUGAAACUGUCAACUUGCUGAGGACAAAUAUUAUUUGGAAUCCGAUAGAAUACUUAAGCCUGGGAUUGAUCGGCCUCGCCUGGUGGACCGGAGUGUGUGAAAACCUCACACAGUCUGAUGAUGUUUGUUACUUUGCCAGGCUGAAUCAAACAAUGGAAGGUAUUCUGAAAAGGGUUUUAGAUAUUAUUUGAUUGUAUAUUUUUAACUUAAGCACAGGGACCUGACCGUCUCUUGAAGAGACACUAGACUGUUGACUCAUUGGACUGCUGCUAUGUCAACUAUUGCACCGUAACCUCACCUCGUUUUUGACUGACGACACAGGCUGAAACUCAUAUAUCUGACACACACUCUGCAGUGGCCUCUUUCUCUCCUCUGUUGAAUAAUGCAAGUAUAAAACUGGGAUGACAGUUAGGGCUCCAUGAAGUAUCACAGCAAAGUUUGGGAACUACGUUAUCAGAUAUAACUCCGAUAAUGUAGUUCCCAAAAAAACACUCAGAAUGCACUUAGCAGAGUGCAUACCUCGCAAAGGCCCCUCAUGAAACAACAUUUAAAUUCACUUGAUCCAGAUUUUUAUUUGGAUCUGCACCAAAUUAUGCACACUCAUGAAUAUCAUUAAUAAAAAUCCAUGAAUUAUUCUGUGAGAAAUCGACAUAAAUCUUGAAAAGAAAAAACUAUCACACAAUGCCGAAGACAGUGAAGUGAGAAAAAUAUCCUGGAUCUGCGGAUGGAUGACCCACCUCUCAACACAAUUAGAAAUCAGUUGCGUACUUUUUGUGUAGUCCGUCUAACAAACAAACAUGACCUCCUCGGUGAAGAUGGUUAGUUUGUCGCAUGUAUAUCAUCAGUCACUUGUACACAAAGACUGAAAAGGGCCACACCAUCGCACAGUGCAUUUCAGCUUGAUUCAGAAGCACUAAAAAUCAUUUAAAGACCUCUCCUGUGUUUCCUGAUCAGUCUUUGAAGAUGUUGAGUCAUACAAAGAGAGGAAUCAAAUUUGCAUACUAUAUAUAUAUAUAUACACUGUAUAUAGUAUCGAGUAGAGUACAAGUACUGUAACUCUUCAGUUUUACAAAUAUAUCUCUCUUUCGGUGAUGUCAGUCUUAACUAGUCCUGCCUCACCUACGCUCCAGCUACUUUUCUGUUACUUGUCGCGAGCAAUUUUAUAUUUAAUGCUUAUGAUUUCGCCCCUAAAACAUUCUAAUAUUCACUGUGAGCACCGAGGCGGACGCAGUCCUUCUAAAUCCUUUGGAGAGCAGUCUGUAACUUUCUGCAGAAGAGUGGAGCAGGAUGAGGAGAGAGAGGCAGAGAGCAGCAGUGACAGAAAGAUAAUGAAUCCCAUCAUUGAACCACCUGAGACCUUUGUCCCAUUUCACUCUGACCCUCUGGCUUCAACAUCAUGUGAUUAAUCUCGCCCUGCUCUGCACCAGUCGACAUUUAGCUACAACGAACCUCCACCAUGGCGAGACAGCAACAAGCUCACGUUAAAAGAAAUGAUUAUGGUUAGAAAUGUGUUUUUGCUUUCAACACUAACGCACAACUACAGUGCACAACUCCCUCUGUAGCUUGAUGUGCAAUGUCUCUGCUCUACUGCCCUCCACUGGUGGACAUUUGAAAGAGGUUUGCGUUGUAUUUCAGACACAUACAGGUGUCAUUCAUCACCUGUUUAUUUUCCCUGCUUAGUAUUCGAACCACCUCAAAGUCGAGCUUGAAUCGAUCACUUCAUCACUCUAUAAUUAUUGUUGUUAAUCAUUGUGUUUAUUUUGAUCUGCAAACUUUAAUCUGCAGCAUCUGCUCACCCAGGAACACUGCAGCAGGAGGGACGUGUUUAAAAUGAGAAAAUACUGCUAUCAAUCCAGUUAAUUCAGCUCUUACUGAUUUAACUUUUUCUUUUUAUUAUUCCAGUAGUAGAACUGAAAAUUGUUGUGUACACCUUUUAGACUGUUUAGAAGUUGAAAUGAAAAAGCCACGUGUCCCAGAAAAGGUAUUUAUUUUCCUUCUAAUAAUCAUAUAUGUUGCCACUGUAUAUUCUCUUUAUUUAUCUCCAGAAUGUUAAGAAAAUGAUAUAUUUGUCAACACAAAACAUCUUUGUCAUUAUAUUUGCAGCAGCAUCCUCCAACAGCAAAAAGAGGGAGCCAACAUCGGACUGCUGUGUGACAGUGCAUAACUAAACUCGCUCUUGAAACACUAACACACCCACAGAGGAGACUUUGCCCUGUAUGAUAUUGUUUUAGUUAUUUAUAAUGUGCAGAACAGUGAUAAAAAUGAAACAAAGAAUUAUGUAGUUAGGAUUUUUUGAUUUCAUUGCUUGAUUUCCUUGCAUGCACUGCUAAUAAA